UUCUGCCUUAAACUGGGUGAACAGCCCGGGAUUGCAGGAGUCCAAUGGGCUGAGGACGAAAGAAAGCUUCUACUUUCUCAUCUGCCUUCCAUCUGGUGGACCUGGGCUUAAUCCCUGGGAUAAGGAUGGUGGGUGCAAAAGCGGUCACAAGUCCCCACACCUCCCUCCGCCUGGCACCGCAACGCAGGGGAGUCAGCAGUGUCAUAGUGAGUCCUCCCUUCUAUCAGGUGUCUUGCUGUGGGCCUGUUCCCUGUACCUGCUGCUCCCCUUCGAGGUGGCCCCCUCUCACAGAGCCUCCCUGUAGCCGCCUGUUCUACAUCCUCCUCCACGUGGGGACCUCAGCAGUCUGCUGCCUCCUGCUGUCAAGGACAGUGGUGGAAAGAGUCUGGGGCAAGGCACAUGGGAUCCAGAUGCCCUCAGGGCUGUGUACCCAUCUGUUUGGCCACUCUCACUGCCCAGUGCUGAGCGGCUCUGGGGCUGUAUACCGCAUAUGUGCAGGAACUGCCACCUUCCACCUGCUGCAGGCUGUGCUGCUGAUCGACCUCCACUCCCGCAACAGCCUAAGAGCACAGCUACAUAAUAGUUUCUGGCUCCUCAAGCUGCUAUUCUUGCUAGGUCUCUGUGCUGUUGCCUUCUGCAUCCCUGAUGAGCAUCUCUUUCCAGCCUGGCAUUACAUUGGAAUAUGUGGCGGCUUCACGUUCAUCCUGCUGCAGUUGGUGCUUAUUACUGCCUUUGCUCAUUCCUGGAACAAGAACUGGCAAACAGGUGCAGCCCAAGACUGCCGCUGGUUCCUGGCUGUGCUGCUGACCACCCUGGGAUUCUACAGCAUGGCGGGGGCAGCAGCCGCACUCCUGUUCCGCCACUACACGCACCCAGCUGGCUGCCUGCUCAACAAAAUGCUGCUUAGCCUGCACCUUUGUUUCUGCGGCCUCCUCUCCUUCCUCUCCAUCGCUCCCUGCAUCCGCCUCAAGCAACCUCGCUCUGGCCUUCUACAAGCCUCUAUCAUCAGCUGCUAUAUCAUGUACCUGACAUUCUCUGCACUAUCCAGCCGUCCUCCAGAGAGGGUAAUCCUUCAAGGACAGAAUCACACUCUGUGCCUGCCUGGCCCGAGUAAAAUGGAAUCCCAUACACCAGAUACUUCUCUGGCAAUGAUGAGUGCUGGCAUCAUGUAUGCUUGCGUGCUUUUUGCUUGCAAUGAGGCUUCUUACCUGGCUGAGGUAUUUGGGCCCUUGUGGAUCGUCAAGGUUUACAGCUAUGAGUUCCAGAAGCCCUCACUCUGCUUCUGCUGCCCUGAAACAGUGGCACCAGAGGAAGGGCCAAGAGGUGUGGCUGUGAGACCAGCUGACCAAGAGACCUCUCCAGCUCCUCCAAUGCAAGUCCAGCAGCUUUCCUACAGCUAUUCUGCUUUCCACUUCGUCUUCUUCCUUGCAUCACUUUAUGUCAUGGUUACCCUCACCAACUGGUUCAGCUAUGAGGGAGCAGAGCUGGAAAAGACCUUCAUCACAGGUAGCUGGGCUACCUUCUGGGUCAAGGCUGCCUCAUGCUGGGCCUGUGUACUCCUCUAUCUGGGGCUGCUACUAGCACCAUUCUGUCAGUCCCCCACCCCGGACCCCCAGCAUCCUCUCUUCAGGCGACACUGUCAUCGUGUCAGUAUUGCCAAAUGACAAGUAUCCAAUCUAGGUACUUUAAACAAACUGGAGUUCCCUUGAAUAUGUAUCCCUAGUCUUAACUCACAGGAGCUGUCCAGCCCAACAGAUUCCUCAAAGACACAAUGGGAAGUUACCUCCCUUUAAGUUGAAGUCAGUAGUAUGUCUGACUGAAAAAAGUGGCCACACACACCCUAAUUCCCUGGGCAGAGUAUCUGACUCACUGGAGCUACCAUUACUUCUUCAACCCAGCUCAAGAGCCUGAUUCCAAGUCAGCAGCUCAGGAAUCACUGCUAAUCCAGCAGACAGGGUGGCACCAGCUCAUUCCUGGCUCUCAUGGUAGAGAGGGGGGCAGGGAAAGACCAAAGGGGACCAAAGACUUACUUGGCACUGCCUUUGGCAACAAAAAGGAAAACAGGAGUCCACCCCUGGGUACAGGGAUGUAAGAAGCCCAGAACCCUAGAACAAACCAGGGCAUGGGAAGAAAGGCGCACAGAGACUACCAUAAGUUUUAAUCCUGAUGUUGAGGUCAAACGCAAUGGGAAGAGAACAUCUACUCUCAUUCCAUGAGGAAUGACAGAAGAGAAUGUGAACACUUGAGAGCAGCUAACCACGGGAACUCUGUCAGCAGCAGGGUCUGGGCCAACUUUCAAGCCUAGGCACAAACUGAGGAAGAAUGAGGAAGAGGGAGCAUAAAUCUAGGUCUUGCAGCCUUCCUUCUCAGGGCCUCAGCUCCUUCCUCAGGAUGAUGUUCCAGGUCUGAAUGGGGGACAAAAACCACAAAAAAGAAGUCCCUAUAGCUCUUAGAGGAUUUCUCUACCACAUACCCAAUACCUGUCUGUUGCAGUACAAUAAAGAAUUUUUCUGUGAUGUUUAAACUUAACCUACAUAUUCACAACCUUUCAGAGUAUGAAAUUCCCUUCCCUUUUGGUGGGAAAGGGCAGCCAUUCCUCCAUCCCCUUCCCCCCAAAUCCCCAGUCAAACCAGGCGCUCAAGGAAUUACAAAGCUACUUUUAAUACUUUGGGGUGAGCCCCACAGGAAUAAAAAACACUGGGAAAGGGUAACCCCCUCACCCCCAGGAGUGGCCCAGGGGGAGAGAGGCUACCUGAGGGGUAGGAAGCACAAAAGGGACCCGCUGCAGACUCAGGGCAAAGGGAAU